UUCUUUUUGGGGUUGUGGUUUUGGACUCUCCCUUCAAGAUCACAGAGUAUCAUCUGCUUCUCAUCCACAUCUCUCUCUCUCUCUCUCUGUGCAGCCUAAUUAUUGAACUGUGUUUUUUUUUUCUUUUCCUUUUUUGGGUUGAUAUAAUUUAUUUUGUGUGGUUUAUGUUGGAUUUUGUUGGUUCUUAGCAAGAUAGAAGAUCUGGGUUCAGUUUUUGCUAUUACUAUUUGUCUCUCUUUUGCUGUUUAUCUUCUUUAAACUCUCCAAAAAAACCCAAAAUUAAUUGUCUGUUUUGUUGAAUCCAAACAGAGAAGAAACCAUCAUAUAUAUCUAUAUGAGAACUCAAAAUUCUAUCUUUUAGUAGUGCUCUCUCUUUCAACUUCAGCCUUUUUCUAGCUAGUUUUGGCUUUGGUUUUUUAUGUCUAAAGAGGAAAUAAUGAUGAAAGAUUGGAUAUUCUAUCAACAACAACAAACAGUUUUGGAGGAAAACAUGUCCAAUAUUUUGACUUCUGCUGCAUCUGGUGAAGCAAGUGUUCUUUCUGAAACUCAACCUGUAUUGAAGAGAAAGAGAAACCUACCAGGAAACCCAGACCCAGAGGCAGAAGUGAUAGCUUUGUCUCCCAACUCACUAAUGGCAACAAACAGAUUUGUUUGUGAGAUCUGCAACAAAGGGUUUCAGAGAGAUCAGAAUCUUCAACUUCACAGAAGAGGACACAACGUGCCAUGGAAGUUAAAGAAGAGAAUAAACAAAGAUGUUAUAAGGAAGAAAGUGUAUGUCUGUCCAGAACCAAGCUGUGUACACCAUGAGCCAUCAAGGGCUCUUGGGGACUUGAGUGGAAUCAAGAAACACUUCUGCAGAAAACAUGGUGAGAAGAAGUGGAAAUGCGAUAAAUGCUCAAAGAAGUAUGCAGUUCAAUCAGAUUGGACUGCUCAUUCCAAGACCUGUGGCACUAGAGAGUACAGAUGUGACUGUGGCACUCUCUUCUCUAGGAGAGAUAGUUUCAUCACUCACAGAGCCUUCUGUGAUGCAUUAGCUGAAAAGAGUACAAAAGCACCAAACCCACUUCAACCAUUCCCCAUGAAAAUGGAGCAACCGUGGCUAGGUUGUCCACAACCAGCUUCUUCACUUGGGCCUGACCCACUACCAACACAGGCCCAUCUUGAUUUCUCCACGUCAUCAUCCGCAAGAUUACUACUAGGGCAUCAAGAAAACUUAACUUCAAACCCUAGGAUGGGCCCCACAGAACUCUCUCCAUACCAUCAAAGUCUAUCCUCCUCCUCCCCCUCCUCACUUAUGUCAGCUACUGCAUUGCUGCAGAAAGCAGCUCAGAUGGGUGCAACAAUGAGCAGCAAAAGUCACGUGCAGCAAGCAAUUAGUCACGUGUCUGCCGAAUCUGGGAACAAUAAUACAGCUGGGUUUGGUCUGAAUUUGUCCUCAUCUGAUGAUCACGAGCAGCAGCAGACAAGUUGGUUUGUUCAGGGACUGAUCAGUAAUGAUAAAGCUGCUGCCACUACUAUGAAUAUCCCAUUUUCUUCUGGAACUGGCUUUCAAGGGACUACCACCACCACUACUACUAAUAGUACUGCAUUUGAUGAAGCAUUUGGUGGAAUCUUUAAUGGUAAGAGUGGCAGUAGUACUGAUAAGGAUAGUGAUGAGAGUCCAAGUACAAGAGAUUUCUUGGGUCUUAGACCACUAUCACAUACUGAUAUCCUCAGUAUUACUGAUUUUGGUAAUUGCUUCAACACCACUCAUCAGCAGCAGAAAUAUUAAUCCCAAAAGCCAUGGCAAGGUUAGCUACUAUUUUUUUUCGUUUUUCUUUGAAGCUUCCAAAGGAAGAACAUGUCAAAAACUUAUAUUAAUUAUAUAUUCUUUAGCUUUUUUUCCCCCUUA